AUGUCUGAGCCCUCCAAGGUCAACGCUAACUACAACUCCGUCGCCGGUACCGUCAAGGAGACCAUCGGCAACGUCACCGGCGCCACCGAAUGGCAGAAGGCCGGUAAGGAGCAGCACGCCAAGGGCGAGGCCGAGUACAAGGCCGCCGAGGCUCAGGGUUACUCCGAGGGCACCAAGGACCAGGUCUCUGGUAAGGUCGACAACGUCGUUGGCUCCAUCACUGGCAACAAGGAGAAGGAGCUUACCGGUAAGGCCAGGCAGGAGAAGGGUGAGACCCAAAAGGACAUCAACUCCUAG